CUCUCUCUCUCUCUCUCUCUGUGUCUGUUCUAUAAACUUGGUUUAGUUUUUGUUUGUUGGGUUCAUUUUUGUAUUGUUAUUAUUGGAUUUUUCUUGUUUUUGCAAGCUAGGCCAUCAAAAUAUGAAGGAGAAUAAUGGCCGGAGUGUCUGCUUCUGUUUCAGUUAACUCUCUCUCUCUCUCUCUCCCUCUCUCUCUCUCUCUCUCUCUUGUUUACUUCUGUGUUUUCAAAAACAAAAAAAGAUUUGUCUCUUGGGUUGGUGCCAAAGAAAGAAGAAACCAUCAAGAGACAACUGAGAUUUUCGGCUUCAAGGGUGCUGGAGUAGUACCCUUGAGGAAGCAAAUUUAGCAACUCUACUUGAGUUGAGUCUUUCUCUCUCCACUUAUCUCCUAGUUUAGCUUUAUCUAGGUUUGAAUUUGUCAGUAAUUAGAUCUCUUCUAUCCUUACCACACAAAAAAAGGUUAAGAUCCAUUCAUCCUGAACCUGAUUAUAGAAGAUGAAAGCGUUGAUGAUCCAACAACAAAACCCAGGUGUGGAUGAGAACAAUAUGUCUAAUUUGACUUCUGCCUCUGGUGAAGCAAGUGUUUCUUCAGGCAACAAAGAUGAAUCUGGCACAAUAUAUCCACCUCAACAGUAUUUUGCUCCACCACCACCACCACAAAAUCAAACUCAACCAGCUCUAGUAGUGAAGAAGAAGAGAAACCUCCCAGGCAACCCAGACCCAGAAGCAGAAGUGAUAGCUUUGUCACCUAAGUCUCUCUUAGCAACCAAUAGAUUUGUGUGUGAGAUCUGUAAGAAGGGGUUUCAGAGAGAUCAGAAUCUUCAACUUCACAGAAGAGGGCAUAAUUUGCCAUGGAAGCUCAAGCAGAGAACAAGCAAAGAGGUGAAGAAGAAGGUUUAUGUGUGCCCAGAAGCUAGUUGUGUGCACCAUGAUCCAUCAAGGGCUCUUGGGGACCUGACUGGAAUCAAGAAGCACUUUUGCAGAAAGCACGGCGAGAAGAAGUGGAAAUGUGACAAAUGCUCGAAGAAGUAUGCAGUUCGAUCAGACUGGAAAGCACACUCUAAGACCUGUGGCACAAGAGAGUACAGAUGUGACUGUGGAACCCUUUUCUCAAGGAGGGAUAGUUUCAUAACACACAGAGCCUUCUGUGAUGCUUUAGCAGAGGAGAGUGCAAGAGCAAUUACAGUAAAUCCACUUCUCUCCUCCACUCAACUUAGCACUUCAACAUCAUCAUCACAUAUAAAUCUUCAAGUUCAAAUUCAACCCCAAUUCAAUUACCAAGACCUCCAUGAUUUUCCAAUGAAGAAAGAGCAACAAAGUUUCAGUCUAAGGCCAGAUAUUUCAGUUCCACCAAGGCUAGCCUGUCCAUCCACCGUUGUAGGAGCCGGUCCAGGUCCACCACCACCAUCAUCAAUAUUCCCCACAAUAUUAGAUCAGGAAUUCACACACCACCAAGAUCAUCAGUUACCAGUACUCCAUGAGAACUCAAACCCUAACCCUAGUCUUGGACCCACUACCCUUCAACCUUACCACGAAACAGCCUCUUCUUCUUCUCCACACAUGUCUGCAACAGCAUUGCUACAAAAAGCAGCUCAGAUGGGUGCGACAAUGAGCAGCAAAGCCAAUGCCAUGAUGAUGAGUAUGAGGCCCCACCACCACCAACACCACCAAGCUCACGUGUCUGCUAAUUCUGGUGGUGGUUUUGGCCUGAAUUUGUCCUCACGUGAAGAAAUGGCAGGUACAGCUACAGACCCAGGUGCAGGUGCAGGUGCCCCUCCUUCCUUCCUUCAAGAUAUGAUGAUGACUACUUCUCUCUCUUCUACUGCAACUGGCUUUGACGGGUCUUCCUUUGAAUAUUCAUUUGGUGACCAUGGAGGUGCUGGUGGUGUUGGUAUGCUAAAUCCAAACAAAGAUGGCACUAUUUCAAAGGCAAGCGGUGGAGGCAAUGGUGGCCAUGGUGGCGGUGGCAAUGAUGGUAUGACAAGAGACUUCUUGGGUCUAAGACCUCUCUCCCAUGACGAUAUUCUCAAUAUAGCUGGUUUUACUAACCAUAUAGACAGCCCUAUGGGGAAUCAGAAUCAAACCCAAGAAUCAUGGAGAUCUUAGCUAUUUCUUUUUAAACAAUCAGUUCGGAAAACAUCAGGACAGUAUUGCACAAUUAUAACAAUAGUAAUAAUAAAACUCGAAUCGAAAAAUGAGUUUAAAAAAAAUUGUCUUAUCUACCAAAUCAAUCACUUUGGCCCUUGCAAACUUACCCUUUAUGCCCUUCUCUUCCACAAGUUCAGUUUUGCACUUUCUUCUUCUUGUGGUUUCACUCUUCCAAAGGGGAGAGCAUUUGAAAAACCCUAUAUACAUCACUUGGUCUACUUACAUAUAUAUAUAUAUAUAUGAAACUUUAUAACUUAAGCCUUCUUUUAUAAUAAACGUUUGUAAUUCUUCAUCUGUGCUUCCACAUAAUAAACAGGCCUGGAAGGAAAACCCUCUAGUAUUUGUUAUUCUUUCUAGUAAAUACACCAGUAUCUUUAUA